CAGCGCGCACUGCGAACAGCUCCCUGUCACCUGCGCUGGAACCUCUGAGCUGUAUCAGCUUGCAGAGUGCCAUGGAAAUUCCUGCCUUGCUUCAAAUAGUCAAUGGGAGUGAACUGCCCUCGAGCACCACGCUCGCCCUGGUUUGAAACAAACAGCUCUGGUGAUGAGGUGGGGAGAGCCCCUCCCACGCAGUAGAGGCGUUGAGACGCGCUGAAAUCCUUCAGCCCCGAUCAGUGUUCGAAGACAAUGACAGGGAUGAAGCAAAUAGAAAAAUUUCUCAAGAAGCAGACCUCGACACUGACCAGAGGCCGUGUGGACAAGGACAGCUUCUUUCCAGCGACUCUCAAGCGGAGACCCAGCGCCUCCAAAAUCCUCCCCUUCUUAAAGGAAGCGGUCCCCGGGAAUGACAGCCCGAGCCCCAAGGAUGAGUUCGGCUCCGACAUCGGUUGCCUGGAGAACAAAUGGGCGGACACGGAUGACGAGCUGACCAGUCCGUCUCUGUCAUCGGGGGAAAUGAGCCCCAAUGGGUCAACGCUAAGCAGUACGUUGUGGCACUUCUCAGACACCCCGGAGAACAUCGUGGAGCAUGUGCUGGAGGGACUGAUGGAAAGUCCAAAGAGCAGCAUUGACACAGAGAUCCUUCUGGACGACUUCCUUCUCACCCACUCCGUCUUCAUGCCGACCGACAAGUUGCUGCAGGUUUUACACAAACAGUACUCUAUGGGCAUGGCUGGGAAGGCCGAAAACUACAAUGAGGCCUACCCGGAACUGAAGAAGCAGAAGGUGCUGAAAAUCACGAUAGAUUGGGCAGAGAAAUGCAAGGAUCUCCUUCUGGAAGAUGAAACUGCUGUAAAGUUGCUCAAGGACCUGAACACCAUUGCCAAAAAGGACUUGCGUCGCUACCCGAAUUUGAAGGACGACAUGUCCAGGCUACAGCGCACGGUGGAGAAGGUGGAGUUCAGGCCACCUGAGGAUUGGAGCUGUUUGAGAAAGAAACAGAUUAAGCCUCUGUUCCGUCACUUCAGUCGCACUGAUAUCUGCCUCCAGCAGAGGGAGCCCCUGCGUGGGACGGAUGAGAUUUUCUGCCGUAUUUACGCUACUGACCAUUCCUACGUGACCAUCAAGAGCAGGCUAUCGGCGUCGGUGAACGACAUCGUGUUGUCGGUGGCCGAGAAGCUUCAGCACUGUGAGGAGGAAUCGAAGGAGCCUGUGCAUACGAACCUGCUGCUGGUGGCGAUAAGAUCCUCAGGAGAGAAAACGACGUUUCGUUUGGAUGAAGACUCGGUGUUUACGACGCUGGGUGUGAACACUCACCUGUUUGCCUGCACGAAGGAGUCGGUGGAAUCGCUGGUUCCCCCUCCCGCCAUCGAGCGGCUCUCUCACGAUGGCCCAGAGAUCAACGAAGUGAACAUGAUGGAGAUGGCCAUCCAGAUCACGGCCUUUGACUGGGAGCUUUUAAACUGUGUGCAUGAGCUGGAGCUGAUCCACUACGUCUUCCGGAACGACAGCAUUCGGAAACGGACGGCGAACCUGGAGCUGGUGCUGCAGCGGUGCAGUGAGGUGCAGCACUGGGUGGCCACCGAGAUCCUGAUGUGCGAGCGGCUGGGCAAACGCGUGCAGCUUCUCAAAAACUUCAUCAACAUGGCCGCCUUCUGCAAGGAGAAGCAGAACCUGUUCUCGUUCUUUGCCAUUGUCAUGGGCUUGUGCAAUCCGGCAGUCAGUCGCCUCUGCCUGACCUGGGAGAAACUCCCGACAAAAUGUAAAAAGCUCUUCCAGAAAUUUGAAAGUUUAACAGAUCCCUCAAGAAAUCACAAAACCUACAGAGACACCAUUGCCAGGAUGAAGCCUCCUAUUAUUCCUUUUGUCCCCCUGCUACUGAAAGACAUGACUUUCAUUCACGAAGGCAACAAGACAUUCCUGAAUCAGCUGGUGAACUUUGAGAAAAUGCACAUGGUCGCAAAUGCAGUACGGACCUUGAGGAAGUAUCGCAGCAGUCCGCUCGUCCUGGAGUCGGAAUCAGCUGCGAGCCACUUCCAGAUUAAGGCGUACGUGCGCCAGCUCCAGGUGAUCGACAACCAGCAGUUGCUGUAUGAUCUGUCGUACCGACUCGAGCCCAAGGACCCGUGAUCCCUGGAGCGUCUGCUCCUUGCUGCUCCCAGUCUGCAAUGCUAGUCGAUGGCGUUGGAAGUGUAUGUGGCUGUGCCACUGCUGACCAGAACCUACUGUGUGUAACCGUGUAGAACCAUCAACCUGACCAAAAGAGCCCUCUCUGCACCGGCUUCAUGAUGCACUGCCCACCAGCCCUCACCAUGAGGUGGGCCCCAUGGCUGACUCCUUCAUGAACAGAUCCUGGGCCAGCACAGGACAGCAACACCUGCUCUAUGCUCUGUUUCCAACCCAGGAAUUGCAUGCACUGAUAUCGUAAGCUGCAAGCUAUUUAUCAUUCUGCUUCGCUAAGCCACGGAACAAUUCUUGUCAAGCAAAACUUGAUUGAACCAGAAUCAGGAAUUGGAGCAGACGGGAGGGGAUGUGUGUACGUGUGCGUGUAUGUGUGCGUGUAUGUCGUGUGCGUGUGUAUGUGUGCGUGUGUAUAUGUAUGCGUGUGUAUACGUGU